AAAAUUAUUUCAAUUUUGUUUUUUCAAAAUUUAGAUUGAUGGAUCAAAUCAAUAGUGAUGAUGAUUUUGUUGAUCAUCAUUUUAGCCAUGAUGAUAAUGAUGAUGAUAUUGAUCCAUUAUUCGAUCAUUAUCAGGAUAUUGCUCGUUCAUCAUUCGAUGAUAUGGUACAUGAUCAAGAACGAAAUGAACUUUAUUAUCAAGCAAUUUGUCGAUCAAUCGAAAAACUUCGAUCUUUAGAUUCCAAAAAAUCGAUUAAUGUUUUGGAUAUUGGAUCCGGUACUGGAUUACUUAGUAUGAUGGCUGUUAAUGCUGAUGCUGAUAAUGUUAUUGCAUGUGAACGUUUCGAACCAAUGGCUAAAUGUUCUAGAAAAAUUAUUGAUGAUAAUUCUAUGUCAUCUAAAAUUAAUGUAAUCAAUAAAUGUUCAGAACAAUUAAAAUUACCCGAAAAUUUUCAACCAAAUCUUUUGGUUGCUGAAUUAUUGGAUACUGAAUUGAUUGGUGAAGGUUGUCUAUCAAUUUAUCGUGAUAUUAUUCAACGUAAACUUGUUGAUCCGGAUCAUUGUCUGUAUGUACCGACACGUGCAAGAAUUUGGAUUCAACUUGUUCAAUCUGAAAGCCUAUUUUAUUAUCAUCAAUUUCGAAAAUCUUAUCAUAUUGCCGACGAUAUUGAACCAAUACAAACACCAUUAUCGGUUCGAAAUUGUUUUGGUUCACAUUUAUUACAUGAUAUUCAAUUGAAUAGACUUCAACCAAAUAUUGAUUUUGAAAUUCUUUCUGAUCCUAUGAUUAUUUUUGAAUUUGAAUUCAAUCGCUUAACAACGCUAAAACAUCGUGAUCAUAAACGUAUUGAAAUUCAUUUGAAACGUUUAUUCAAUAAACCGAUGAUGAUAUUUGCAUGGUGGGAUAUUGAUCUUGAUUCUGAUGGUGAAAUUUGUUUAUCUUGUGGUCCAUAUUGGACACGUGGAUUUGAUAAUGAACAUAAAGUUGCAUGGCGUGAACAUUGGUUACAAACCGUUUAUUAUUUACCUGCAUUUGCAUUCGAUCAUGAACGACAAUUAAAUGAAUUUAAUCAUAAUCAAAUUAAUCAAAAUCAAACAUUAAUUGUCGAUUGUUAUCAUGAUCAAGUAUCAUUUUGGUUUGAUUUACCUGAUCAAAAUGAAUCGAUUGAACAAACAAUCGAUAAUGAUGUAAUCGAAUCGGAAUCAUGGCAUUGUACAUGUGGUUUACAUUCACAUUUAUCACGAACAAGAUUACAAUGGAUCAAUAAUAAUUACCGUUAUCAACAAUAUUGGAAUUGUUUGAAUAAUAAACUAAUGUCAAUCAACAAAAAUCAACUAAUAAAUUUAAUCUAUUUUGGUGAUGAAAGUAUCCUGCCAUUUAUAUGUAGUCGUCAUCCACAAGUCGAACAUGUUUGGAUCAUAUGUAAUGAUAGGAAUUUCUUUAGAUUUUUUCGAAAAUUUUGUUCGAAAAAUGAUCAGAAAAUUAUUCUUUGUUCGCAUAAAAGUUUUCGACAAAAACCUCCAUUAACAUAUCAACAAUCGUAUGCCAUAAUAAGUGAUUUACAUUUUCGUAAUCAAUCAUCAAUAUUAUCAUCAUUGGAAAUAUUUCGCCAAAUACAUUGUCAACAACAAUUCAUACGAAAUCAUCAAAUUGGUCCGGAAUUUUUUUUACCUCAGCGAAUUAUUCUACGAUGUUUAAUUGUUCGUUUUGAACAUUUAUGGAAAUGUAUGGCACCUGUUUGUUUUGCUAAAAUCAAUAAUAACCGAAUUGAAUUCAAUUUACUUGAAUAUGAUUCAUUAAUAAUGAAUGCUCGUCGACAGGUUGAUUGGCAAUUUGAUCGUCGUUCACUUUGGGAAUAUAAUUGCUGGUCAUUGGUUGAUGAAGCUAAAGAUAUUUUGGAUAUUUCAAUGAAUUGUUCAAUAUUAAUGGAUAAAAAUAAAUCUAUGAAUGAUAUUAAUUCAUUAUUAACAGAAAAUAUUGAAAAAAUUAUCGAAUUCAAUAUCCAGGAUUAUUCAAAAAUUGACCCGAAUACUGUUGCAAUUGUUUGUUGGAUUGAUCAAUAUAUUGAUACGGAUACAAUUAUCACCGGUGGAUUAGAAUCGAAUAAUGAAUUAUUAACCGGUAAAGAAAUCAAAUGGAUACGUGAUCAACAACAGUUGGUUACAUUUUUAUCAUCAAUUCCAAAUGGUUAUCAACGAUGGAAUAAUAAUAAUGAUAAUCAAUCAGAAAUGAAAAUUUUAAAACUAAAAUUUCAAUUACAAAUGAAUCAAUUAUCUAUUAAAGUUGAUUUGGUAAUAUAAUCAUUUCUCUUAUUUUUUAUAAACUUGA